AAUAAUUCGAAGAUUCAACCUUUUCGUAUUGGCCAAGUGUGCGCUCUUGAAAUCUUGCAAUCAACUCAGGCGGAUCAAUUACUUGCCAACACCCAUCUCUUGCGCUCACUGUUUUCCGAAACGCUGCAUCAUGUCUCAAUCCCUCGUUGAUGGACCACGGAGUCCUUCCAGCAAGAAGCGAAAGCCGGAGCGCGAGGCGCUACACGCCUCUCCGACAAAGAAACAGAGGAAGGAAAAGGAACGGUCCAAAAACAUUGAUGCGAAGUCAACAUCGAAUGGCGUGGGAAGCAAUGCGGAUCCCUCCUCUCACGCGGCAUCCAGCGUCGCAAUCACAUCGCAAGAAUCGACGACACAAAUUCCCACCUCAACGGACUCCACCGACGAACCUUCCCCUCUCUGCAUGGAAACCUAUUCCAUGUAUCUUCCCCUCGCCCCUAUCUGCCAAACCCAGCCGCUAGACGCGAUCUGCGCCGAACAUUUGUCUCCCCUUCUCCUCGCCUAUCACCAUCGUAUGAAAGCCGUGGUGCUCGCAUACGAGAACGUUCGAUUAUCGGACGAUGACGGGUCACAAGAUGCCACGAUACAGUCCAAAGCCGUCAAUGAACAAGCAUCAACGUUCGUCUGGGCCACGGCCGAUUUUCUCCUCUUUCGUCCGAAGCGAGGGCAACAGUUGGAAGGUUGGAUAACCCUCCAGAACGACAGCCACAUUGGCCUGACGUGUUGGAACCUGAUCAAUGCGAGCAUUGAGCGGAAGAGACUGCCAGAAUCAUGGACUUGGAUCGAUCAUGUCCUUGUGGAGGGCGAGGAUUUCUCUACGGUCCCUUCCAUACCGAAGGGUAAGCACGGCUCCGGGCAUUACAUCGAUGGCAAAGGACGGGAGCUGGGGGACACGUUAUCGUUCACCGUGGCGGACUACGAGUACCUAUGGAUGUCCGAAGCCGAGCGUGGUCUUCUCCGUAUUGAAGGGACAUUGUUGGAUGACAUUGGAGAAGAAUCAGCUCGGGAAACAACCGGGAAGAGGAGAACACAUGGGAAGGGGUCAAAAGCGGGCACAAUAAAAAAGACGAGUGAGAAUGGUCGGCGCAUUGAUAUGAAACGGCGAUCAAUUCUCAAAGAGCGACCUGCUGCAAGUUAAAGGCCCCCAGGCAUCCGCAUUCCAAACAGCAUUGCUUCCUCUUAGCAAUCCGAAGCCUACUUUCUCCAGUCCUCUUCGAAUUUCCUUUGCUAGGAAGUGAAAUGGUACAGUCAGUUGAGGCAGCAAACAUUUCAUGUCACGUGUUCAGGCUGCAACAGCCUCACUCAUACCUCACUCAUCUAUCCAUGAUGUGCUUGGAACUGCCU